GUCCCCCUCGUGAUGGAACACAUGAAAGAUACACCGAAUAGGGAUAAAGAAGUGCCCAUGUGGCAGACUUUGAAAUGUAAAUUAAUUUCAUCUUUCAUUGUUCUAUCCUGGUUCUUUGGACAAACUGUGGAAUGAGUUAGUUGAAGACCAUGUCGUCGCUUAGUGGCAAAGUACAAACUGUGUUGGGGCCCAUCCAUUCAGAUCAGCUGGGCCACACCUUGACACAUGAACAUUUAUCGAUGACUUUUGAAUGCUGCUACUGCCCACCUCCAGCACCUCAGGGAGCAUUGUCAGAUGCCCCCAUACUUAUGAAGAAUUUGUUUUGGGUGAAGCAAAACCCUUACAGCAAUAAGGAGAACCUUCUUCUCAAUCAGGAAAUUGAUGCAAUAAGUGAAGAACUGAAGCUUUUUAAGGCAGCAGGUGGUGGAAGUAUUGUAGAAAACACAACUACUGGCAUUAGCAGAGAUGUAAAGAUGUUGAAGAAGCUUGCAGAAGAGACCGGAGUGAAUAUUAUCUCAGGAGCUGGAUUUUAUGUGGAUGCUACUCACUCUAAUUCAACCCGCUCCAUGACAGUGGAACAGCUUACAGAAGUCCUAGUUAAUGAAGUACUUCAAGGAGCAGAUGGAACAAAUAUUAAAUGCGGCAUCAUUGGGGAGAUUGGCUGCUCCUGGCCAUUAACAGAAAGUGAGAAGAAAGUUCUUCAAGCAACUGCCGAGGCACAGUCUCAGCUUGGCUGUCCUGUGAAUAUCCACCCUGGGAGAAAUAGUGAUGCACCCUUCCAGAUUAUCCAGAUCCUGCAGGAGGCCGGGGCGGAUAUCUCCAAAACAGUAAUGUCUCAUCUUGAUAGGACAAUAUUUGAUGAGACAAAACUGCUGGAGUUUGCUAAACUUGGAUCCUACCUGGAGUACGAUUUAUUCGGAACAGAAAUGCUGAAUUACCAGUUUAACCAAGCAGUCGAUAUGCCAAGUGACAAUGACAGAAUUAAAAUGCUUCGGUUCCUGAUUAAUGAAGGCUAUGAAGACAGAAUUGUUGUCUCCCAUGACAUACAUACAAAGAAUAGGCUGCUCAAAUAUGGUGGCCAUGGAUACUCUCACAUCCUCAAUAACAUUGUUCCCAAAAUGCUUAUUAGAGGAAUAUCCCAGCAAUGCAUUGAUAAGAUAUUACUGGAGAAUCCCAAAAAGUGGCUAACAUUUAAAUAAUAUGCUUUACCUUCAAUUCUAUCAUGGAAAUUGAGGACAGCCUUCCAAAGCAAAUGUCACAAUAUGCGACUCUGUGCUUACCUUUCUUUAAUCACAAUCCACUGCCUUAGAAAGGAACACUUAAACAAUUGUCUUUAAAACAAUUCAUUUAAUUCCCACCGGCAGCUAUAAUCAAGGAUAUUUUGGAGCAAGUAAUAAUAAUAAUGCACAACUUGUAGGAAAGUAGUGAUUCCAAUUAAAUGACUCCCCUCUGGAACAAUUUGAUGUUCCCUGUAAUAUCGAUGAUGCUUGUAAUUAGCCCGCUGUUCUUUAAUUAAUGCUUGAUACAGAACAUAGCAAUUUAAAUGACUUCCCUGCAAAAAGUUUGGAUACUAGAAUAUAAUUAUUAUGUGCUCUUUAAAUAAUCAAAUAGCAUUACAUGUCUGCUUAGCAUUAAGUGCCUCUGCUGUUAGCAUGCAUCUCAUUAAGGGCCAGUUCAUGGACACGUGAAAACCAGAAAACAACUGAAGGCCAAGACUACAAUCUUUUCUUAGGUUUUCUUAUCUCAGUCUGCUAAUUAAUUGUGUUAUGGUUUCCAAACCCUGCAGCCAUGUAUUGUAUAGGAUCUAUGGUGUGAAUUUUCUCAGCCAUAAAGAAUGAAAUAACUGCUGUUCUGGGAGAGACAGGAAGGAGACAUAACCAUCUGAGCACAACUGUAUAUUAUAACCUUUUCACAAUUGAAUUGAUAACAUUUUAUUAAACAUCUUACAAUGACACAAA